GGUGAGCCUGCGUGUCUACCAUGUCUGACCACGCGGCGGCCACGCAGGACCCCAGACCCAGCUCUGAGCAGGAGCAGCAGAACGUGGUACAGCGUGUGGCAGCCCUGCCCCUGGUCAGGGCCGUCUCUGAUGCCUACUGCUCCACCAAGGACCGGCACGGGGUGCUGGGCUCUGCCUGCCGCCUGGCUGAGCACUGCGUGUGCGGUCUGACCACCAGAGCACUAGACCAUGCCCAGCCGCUGCUUGACCACCUGCAGCCCCAGCUAGCCACAGUGAACCACCUGGCCUGCAGAGGCCUGGACAAGCUGGAGGAGAAGCUGCCCUUCCUCCAGCAACCUUCGGACACGGUGCUGACCUCGGCCAGGGACACGGUGGUCAGCGGGGUCAGCGGGGUGACUGGCCUGGCCCAGCGGGGCCGGCGGUGGAGCGUGGAGCUGCGGCGCUCGGUGAGCCACGCCCUGGACGUGGUGCUGGGCAAGUCUGAGGAGCUGGUGGACCACUUGCUGCCCCCGACGAGUGAGGCUCUGGAGGCCAAGGCCCAGGGCCCGGCGGUGGCGGAGGCCGAGGCGGCGGAGGCGGCCUCCACGGAGGAGCAGAGACGCCAGCAGGGCUACCUUGUCCGCCUGGCCUCCCUGUCAUCCAGGAUCCGCCAUCUGGCCUACGAGCACUCUAUAGGGAAACUGAGGCAGAGCAAACACUGCGCACAGGAAAUGCUGGUCCAGCUGCAGGAGAUGCUGGAGCUGAUCCACAGAGUGCAGGACAGGGCAGCCCUGCCCGCCAAGGCCCAGGAGCCCGGGGGGGACCGCAGCCCGAGCCCCCUGCAGAACGGCCGCUGCGGCCAGGUGGAGCUGGAGAGGCUGGCGGCGGAGCUGGCGCGCGCGGUGGAGGGCUCCGUGGAGCUGGGUGUCAGCUAG